AAAAUGGUUAAUUUAAAUUGUUGUUUGUCAUAUCUAUAUUAAUUAUUAUUAAUUACCCUAAAAAGUUAAUUUAGAAAUGUGGGGUGGUUUUGGUGACAUGAUUCAAAUGUUUUGGCGUUGGCGAAGACGAGGACAAUCAGAAAAUGAAAAUGGAAUUAUACCAACACAAACUGGAGGAUAUUUUACCAUGUCAACAGAUCCAACAAAUGAACAAGUUGCUGAUUUUUUACGGACACAUCCCGAAUUCCUAGAACGAUUUAUAAUGGAAGAAGUUGAUUUAGAACAAUUGGAACGAUGGAUAAUACGUCGUUCACAGCGUGCCAAAAAGAAAUUUGAGCAAUCGAAUAAUAACGCAACAAAUAAUAGCAAUGCUAUGCGUAAUGUUCGUAAAACAAGUUUAUCGCGUUGGAAAUUUUGUGUGCACGCGGAUAAACGUCAAAUGUUAUUAGAUUUAACACAAUCAUUACAAAUCCGUCCAACAAAAGAUCAUGUGUUAUGGGAGUUAGCAAAUUGUAUAUCAUCCGCAGUGGGAGCAGAUGGUUUUCGACUGUAUUUACCAGAACGUGGUAAUGCAGAGACAUUAGCACUAUAUUUAGGUAAUGAAAUUCGUGAUGAAAAUGGUGAACCUAAGUUACAACGGCUGAAACCGGGUAUUACUGUACCGGAUUAUGUGGCGAGAACACGAGAACCGGUUCGAUUAUGUAAGAAUCAUGUAGAUGCAAGGUUUCCAGAUGGUAUUCCGGAUUCUGACGAUAUUGAACAUGUACUAUGUCAAGCAAUUGUACAACCUGAUGGGCAACUAGCAGCUAUUUUAGAGUUAUGGCGACGUGAUCCGAAUCGUCCAUUUCAUGAGGAGGAUGAAGAAAUUGGUUGUUCGUAUCUUGUAUGGGGUGGUAUUGCAUUACAUUAUGCACAUUUAUAUCUUUCAAUGAACAAACAAAGAAAAUUAAAUGAUUUUCUAUUGGAUGUUGUCAAAUCUAUUUUUCAAGAUAUGGUCAGUAUGGAUACUUUAGUGAUAAAAAUAAUGAAUUUUGCUCAACGUUUAGUAAACGCAGAUCGUGCAUCAUUAUUCUUAGUUGAUUCCAAGCAAAAAGAACUUUACGCGACAAUCUUCGACGUGGGUGUCGAUAACGAUAAUGAACGUAGUAACAAUACGAAGUCAUCCACAUCAAGUGGGGAAGAUGAUAAUUCAACUCCACAAAAAAAGAAAAAUACCACACGUGAAAUCCGAUUUCCUUUGGGUACGGGCAUCGCUGGUCAAGUAGCGCUAACUGGAGAAAUAUUAAAUAUUGAUGAUGCCUACGCGGACCCGAGAUUUAAUCGUACUAUAGAUCAAUUAACCGGAUAUAAAACUGAAACAAUACUUUGUAUGCCAAUUUUUAUCCGGGGUUCAAUUAUUGGAGUAGUGCAAAUGGUAAAUAAACAUUCGGGUUUAUUUACCAAAGAGGAUGAAGACGCAUUUGAAAUGUUUGCAGUAUACUGUGGUUUAGCGUUACAUCAUGCUAAAUUGUACGAUAAAAUACGACGUUCUGAACAAAAGUAUCGUGUUGCCUUGGAGGUUUUAAGUUAUCAUAACACGUGUUCGGAAGAAGAAUUACAAGAUGCAUUGCAACAGGAUGUUCCAGAUUCUUAUAUUGGUGUGGAUGAUUAUUAUUUUAACCCAUUUGAUAUUGACGAUUAUGCUAAGGCAAAACAUGCGAUAUUUAUGUUUACGGAUUUAUUUGGAUUACAACGUUUUGAGAAGAGUAAUUUAAUACGAUUUGUAUUAACAGUACGGAAAAAUUAUCGACGAGUACCAUAUCAUAAUUGGACACAUGGAUUUUCGGUGGCGAAUUGUAUGUACAGUAUUAUUAAACAUUCGAGAAAUUCGUUUCGGCCGAAUGAGGCAUUAGCAUUGUUUAUUGGAGGAUUAUGUCAUGAUUUGGACCAUCGUGGAAAAAACAAUAAAUUUAUGUUGGAUACGGAGUCACCGUUAGCAGCCAUUUAUAGCACCAGUACUAUGGAACAUCAUCAUUUCAAUCAAACUGUGACAAUUCUACAACAGGAAGGGCACAAUAUUUUCAGUAAACUUUCCAGUGUUGAAUACAAACAAGUAUUAGGUCUUGUCAAACAUUGUAUAUUAGCCACAGAUCUUGCAUUAUUUUUUCCUAAUCGUGCAAAAUUAUUACAAUUAGUAUCAGAACGCAAAUUUUCAUGGUCUAAUAUUGAACAUCGUACACUAUUAUUGGCCAUUUCAAUGACAAGCAGUGAUUUAUCAGCAAGUGCAAAACCAUGGGACAUCCAAGUACAGACUGUCAAAGUUAUUUUUGAGGAAUUUUAUCAACAAGGUGAUGCAGAACGAGCUGCUGGUCGCCAACCUAUUUCUAUGAUGGAUCGUCAACAACCACAUCAACAGGCGAGUUCUCAAGUGGGAUUUCUUAACGGUAUCUGCAUACCAUGUUAUACGUUAAUGUAUCAAUUAAUACCAGAAACUAAGCCGUUAUUAGAAAUGUGUCAAGAAAAUUUGCGACGAUGGCAACAAAUUGAUAAACAAGUUCGUGAACAACAACAAAAAUAUCCCCAAAUUGAAUAAAAUCAAAAUUGUGUUACUGAAAAUGUCAAAUAAAAUAAUAAAAUUAAGCGCAAAAUUUUGGUUUUAUGGGACCAGAAUUAUUUAGAAUUGUUUUUUGAAAGAAGGCUCAUUAGACUUACUGAGGAAUGCGAUUUAGUUAACUUUUUUAAAGAUUUUAUUACCUGUUUAUGGAAAAACGUUUAAGACUUCAUUAUGGCCUAAAGAAGAAAUUUAUUGACACUAAUUUAAAGAAACUUGGAAAUAGAAUGGAAACAGUUUUGUUCCUAGAAAUACAGUCCGGCUUAAAACUAAUUAACAAAUAAAUGUCUUAGACAAUUCGAAUUCUUAAGAGUACAUAACCCAAAUAUGUAUAACCACAAAUUGCAACUUAAAUAACUACAAAUUUCAAUCAAUCUGUUUUACCAAAACAAGUAUCACUGCCGUUUUAUCAAAAUAUAAAAAACAUUUAGCUACAAAUUUGGAUACUCAUUUAGGUAGAACUUAAAGAUAUACCUUAAACAAUUGGGUAGCUACAUACCUGU